GCGAUCUUUUGUGCUUGUUUUGUCAUCUUUGAAUUGCCUCCUUCAAGCCCACCCCAUCAUGGCAUUGCGCAUCUGUACCAUCGGCCAUGCCGACCACGGGAAAACCACGUUGUCGUCUGCCCUGGCCCAAGGACACAAUAGCUCAGUGGCUACCCUGGACAAGAGCGGCCUCUCCUUUGAGGCGACUCGCUUCCAGUACGAAACCGCCACCCGCCAGUACGACCACGUCGACUUCGCAGCGCACAACGACACCAUCAAGUACUUUGUGACGAAAGGACCCGAACUCGAUGCGGUGAUCCUGGUGGUGUCGGCGACGGAAGGCCCGAUGCCGCAGACCCGCGAACAAGUCCUCUUGGCGAGCCAAGUAGGUGUGCCGUCGCUCAUCGUGCUGCUGAACAAGACUGACCUGGUCGACGACGAUGAACAACUGGAGCUGGUGGAGAUGGAAGUACGCGAACUCGUGAGCCAAUAUGGGUUCCCUGGGGACGACCUCCCCGUCGUUCGCGGGUCGGCGCUUAAGGCCGUCGAAGGCACCGACAAGGAGACCGUGGCCGCGCUACUCCGACAUCUCGAUGCCCUUCCUCAAGGCAACAACGCGCGCAACCAUUCGGGCAAACUUGCAGUGCAUUUUGAAUCGCUAGUGUACAUCCGAACCAAGGAAGAAGGCGGGCGCCACACCCCGUUCUUCAAAGGCUACCGACCCUUGUUUAACUUCUCAGGAAAGGCGGUCAUCGGCACUAUGGAACUCCCGGAAGGAGUCGACAUGAUCAUGCCUGGUAACUCGACCAAGAUGAACGUGACUCUCAUCGAAGGCGUGGAGCUGACGCCCACAUCCACCACGUUUACCAUCCAAGAAGGAUCGCUUGACGUCGGAGUCGGCGUUGUCACCAAUCUCGAUUAAGAUCUGGUGUCAGGGUUACUAUUCCUACUAUAGUAGUACUAGAUAAUGAACACCAACCCUAACUUGACAAACCGAUCACAUUAAGUGCACUAUUAUG